AUGGCUGACAAUGAAGCAAGUAACGUUUCUCUUCGGGUAGAAAACACAGAAGUUGGCGACUUGACCAGUCCCAGACGCAUUGAAGCGCGAGAUCCAGGCCCGAUAGAUCAGGUCGCGAAAUGCGAUCAAAUUAGCACAGGCAGUGAACAUUCGGAUCAAUCAAGGGAGCGAUCAAUUCUAUCGACAGCCUUAACGUCUUUGGAGGCGGAGAACAAGUCCGCAAUUGAUGGUUUGAAGUCUACAUUGGCGGAGCACGUAAUGGAGAAGGACGACGGUGAAGAGACAGAAGACGAUAUUGCUUUGUUGGAAUAUUUGUCCGGUGCAGAAAGUGACUACUUUGAAGUGGAACGAGCAGGUCGCAAAGGUGAAGAUGUGGAUGUUCGGACAUCGAUUAUGGCACUGUCCCCCAGAUCGAACAAUGAGAGCUUGGGUAUGUCGGAUAGUCGUGAAGAUCUAUACAUGCUUAAAGGAUCGACAAGGUACAUGAACCGCUACACGACAGAAACGCACAAAAAAAUGCCUCUUUCGCAAGAGACUUCGCGUCAAGUGUCACCUCGUUUGGCGGUGGUUCAGCUUGGAUCUGGAUCGGGAGUAGCUGAAGAAGAGGCACAGAGAACAGAUGGAACAGAAUUGAACGAUUUGUCGCGCCAAUUAAUUAGAUCUAGUCGACAUUUAGGAGAGAGAGAGAGUGAGUGGAUUGCGUGUAACACUGAGGAUGGACUCACUUAUUACUACAAUCAGCACACGCAGGAAUCACAGUGGACGAAACCGACACCUCCAGGUGCUCAAACUUACUUAAAUGAAGAACUAUUUGCUACUGUAUCAAAAAAUGAGCUAUCAGAUGCAGACUUAGGGCGGCUUGACGUGUUGUUACAAUCGGCUGUGGAACUUGACGCCGUGAAUGCUGAAGGCCUUACUCUAUUGCAUGCUGCUUGCAAAGUUGAAAACGAACAAGCCGUAACGCUGUUGAUUUACCACGGAGCGAACUUGAAUGCGCGAGCUCUUUGCGAUGGCGCUACUCCACUAAUUUUUGCUUGUAUAGCCGAAAGUACGAAUAUUGUCAAGCUUCUUCUCGAGGCAAAUGCGUCACUCUCAGCUUGUUUAGACGACGGGAAUACGGUGGUUCACAUAGCCGUUGCCACAGGAAAUGAAGAGUUGGUAUCGUGUGUGCUGCGCGGCUGUGAUGAUACAUUGAUGUGCCAGAACAACAAUAACGGUGAGACAGCUCUGCAUAUUGCAGCAAAGCUUGGUUACACAAAAAUUGCCCAAUGUUUGUUGGCUCGCGGUGCAAGUGUAAAACGCGAAGACUCUCAAGGUCGGACGCCUUUAAUUUUAGGCAUCUUGGAAAAUCACGUAGACUGUGUCCAACUACUUCAGAGUGUUGAAGGCGCUAUAAUUGCAAGCAAACCAGGAGCAACAUCAUAUCACGGCUCGAUCGAUCGCAGCGAGGAAGACACUCAGCGUGAUGCAUUGAGUAUUUUUCGCUCGUACCUCCUCCAGAUUUCUCCUCAGCCGUCAACUUCAGAGUGUCAAACUAUAAAUCAGCUUUUUAACGAAGUACGGAAUCAAAUUGAGACUUUAAAUGCAAGUCUAAAGUUAUCCGAUGGUAGAGAAAAACAGGCCCUGAGACAAGUAAAAGCAAUGUCAUUGGCACUAACAGCGAGAGCUGAUGAGCUGACAAAGGAAAAAUUGCUUCAUUCUGCCACUCAGACUCGGGUUGUGGCCCUUUCAGCGCGAUGCGACCUUCUGGAAUCAAUUGCUCGCAACGCACAAGAGAAGCUUGGAAGAGAGCGCUUGGAACAUAUUCAUAUUGAAGAAUGCAUGCAAGAGAAGCUGCACUUCAGCUUGCAGGAGAAUGCUAAGGUGAUUGAGUCGUGUCGACAACUUCAAGCAACCUGGACCGAACGGCAGCAACAGGUUGAGUUGCAGCAAAGUCGUCGUGAAAGCCAAGACUAUUAUACGUUUUCCAGCAACCAAGCCCAUCUAAUUAGCGAAGAAGAACGUAUUCAAGACUCUUUACAAACCGAGUCCUUCACGGGCAUCACAUCCGAACAAGAACAUAAUGGACAGCUUUUCAGUGAUUAUCAUCACCAAUAUCAAAAGAUGCACCAUAACGAAAAUCACCAUUCUCGAAGGCCGUACCGUAAUGACGAUAGUAAUGAUAAUUCGGAUGCAUCAUUGGGGCCACUAGACGUAACUGAAACUGGAAAAAUCGAACGCAGCGUAGCUCCAUCUGUUUCUCCAACUCGAGUUGAUGCUGUUUGGAAUCGUUUUUUUGAAAAUAUAGGCUAUCCCAGUGAAACGCGCGGUUCAACAAAUUCUGAUUCAUUUCGAACGCCAUCACCUGAGGGCAAUCAGAAGAACACUUCACUUCCAUCAAACUCACUUGUAUUCGAUGCUGUACGAAAGAGUGAUUUAAAAAAGUUGCAACAAGUUUUGAUGCGAGGGGUCUCUCCAAACCAACGAGACGUUGGUGAAAAGGGCACACCGCUUCAUUUAGCAUGCGAAUUGGGUGAUGUUGACUCGAUUAUGUUACUCAGUGAGUUCGCUGCAGAUCUAGAAGCCCGAGACGAGGCAGGAAAUUCGCCACUCCUCGCCGCGUGCUUUCAAGGAAAUUUUGAGUGUGUCAAGUUUCUUCUCGAAAGUGCUCAUGGGAAGGCAGUAUCUCCUCUUGGAAACAUGAAAACCCGAUCUCCGAUGCGUCACAAGUUUGAUGAUUUGCCAGAAGGACACCCAAUUCGCAGGACACUUGUGGUACUAGAAGAGGCGGGACAUCACGAAUUACACGUGAUUGAAGGUCAAUCGGCAAAUUUAGACGAUGCCACCGGACCCACACAGUCCACGCACGAAACUGGUGAAACAUCUGUGAGGACGUCAUGGACGCAAUGGCUUCUAGGGUUUCGAAGCACUCAAUCAACUACAUCACACCCCUCCAAAGAGGAGAAAGAACAGCAGAAGAGCGAAGCUGGAGAUACCAACACGUCCACCACAUACACCGAUCACGAAGUUGACAGUGAAGAUGCGGACGAUAUUUCGACUUACGAAGAUUCCCAUUCAGGCACAACACGAUACGAGUUACUAGUUCCGCCGCCGGAUGUCGAAGAAGCUCUCCGACGAGCGAAGGCUACGGCUACAAAGUUUGAUGUACGAGAGCAAAUGGUUUUAGCUGCACCAACAAAUUCAUUUACACGGCAAGAGUUGUCCGAGCACAUGAUUCCAACAUCAAGGUUUCAAAACUAUUUAAAGCAUCACCCUUCGUCAACACUCACCAGGGUCCGAGCUCGAUACGUUGACACAUUUAACUCGUCCAAUUGA